CGUGACCGACCCAGUCUGGACUCUGGAAUCUGGAUCAAGCACGGAAAACUCCCGCAGCUAACAAGGGUUGAAUGGACGAGGGACCAAGCGACCCAUGAGGCCAUGAUCGUCACCCAAGCGAUGAGACCCUGGAUGUGGGGAUGUACAUUGCCGGACAUAUCUUGUGCCUCGACACAUGCAGGGAGCGGGGAGAGGUACACCGCAAUUAUUGUGCUGGUAUCGCGUGACCCAUUUCCUCCUCAUCCUCCUACAUCCAACGAGAAGGACCCAUCAUGGGCAACGACGAGAAGCGCCUCUCUGGCGAGGCAGCCGGCGACCUCGAGGCAGACGCAAAGCAGGACACUAACAACCAUGUAGCCACCACGGCCAUCAUCAACCCCAAGCAAGACGCCGCCCUCGUGCGCAAGCAGGACCUGCGCAUCAUCCCCCUCGCCGCCGGCAUCUACCUGCUCUGCUACCUGGACCGCUCCAACAUCGGCAACGCCAAGGUCCUCAACCGCGCCACGGGCGACGACCUGCUCGCCGUCACCGGCAUGUCCAACUACCAGUACACCAUCUCCCUCAUGGUCUUCCUCAUCGCCUACGCCCUCUUCGAGGUCCCCUCCAACUACUUCCUCAAGAGGACACGGCCCAGUCGCUGGAUCGCCUUCCUCAUGCUCACUUGGGGCACCGUCACCAUGUGUCUGGGCGCUGCGCAGGGCUUUGCCUCUGUCACCGCCCUGCGGGCCUUGCUGGGUGUCUUUGAGGCCGGUCUCUUCCCCGGGCUGGUGUACUACCUCACCUUCUGGUACAGACCCGAGGAGCGGUCCGUUCGCGUCGCUAUGAUCCUGGCGUCUGCCACGCUCGCUGGUGCGUUUGGCGGCGCCAUUGCCUAUGGUGUCGGCUACAUGAACGGUAUCCAUGGUCUGCCCGCCUGGCGCUGGCUCUUCAUUCUGGAGGGCAUCCCCUCGGUCAUCUCGGCCUUUCUGGUCUGGUUCGGUCUCCCCGACUACCCAGAGACGGCGUCCUGGCUCACGGCGGAGGAGAAGGAUCUUGCCGCGCACAGGCUGGCCGAGCAGGGCUCGCACGGGAGUAGCAAGUUCACCUGGGUCGAUGCCAAGAAGACGCUUCUGGAGUGGAGGCUAUGGGCGCAUUACGCCAUCUACUUUGGCAUCUCGGCCCCGUUCUCGAGCCUGUCGCUGUUCAGCCCUUCCAUCACUGCUGGUCUCGGGUUUGCCGAUCUCCGCGCACAGCUCAUGACGGUGCCCCCGUAUGCGGCCGCGUACGUGGUGACACUGGCCACAGCUUGGUCGGCGGAUCGAUACAACCUGCGCGGUCUACACUCCGCCGCUCUGUCGCUCGUCGGAGCAGCGGGCUUCAUCGGGUCUGCUCUGCUGCCGGCCACCUCUUACACUCCGCGCUAUGGCUGCCUCAUUGUCGCCACAUGUGGCUCCUUUGCAUGCAUCCCUCCUCUCCUGGGCUGGCUGUCGUCGAAUUUGCAUUCUACAGCAUCCAUCGGCCUGGCCAUCGCGCUGAAUAUCUCCAUGGGCGCACCCGGUCAGAUUGUGGGUGUCUGGAUCUACAAAUCCGACGAGGCCACCAGGGGGUAUCCCACGGGCCACUGGACGAACGCUAGUCUGCUGCUGUUCGUCUCUGUGGGUUGCGUGCUCAUGCACUACUAUUAUGCUUGGCAGAACAAGCGUCGUGUAGGCAGUGAUGCUCCUGUCUUCAAGUACUAGAUGGCUGGCGGGGGGGAUGAACAGUCUCUCGACUUGGUUGCGAUGGCGCUGGCGUGCCGUAGAUGUCGAUGAGGCCAAGGCCGCGGAUGCGAAGAUAGUAGCAUUCGUCAUUUUUGAGGCAAGAUCUGUAGAAAGCGGAGAAUCAAAAUAAUAUCCGAGUCGACGUCCACUGAGUGUCGGUCCACUAACAGACAGAC